AUGGCAUGCACCAACUGGAAACAGGAAGUGGAAAGGGUGAUGGAGGUGGAUUCCCCAAUCACCACAAAAGCUGAAGGAGUUCUCAAAGUCUUGGAGGAGCACAAGAUGUUGUACAAGUUGAAGUUGGUGCCAUCCCAGCUCCUUGUCCAUCCCCAGAACAGAUCUGGUGGUUUGCUGAAUGUGGCAGACAUGCAUGCAAAAGGAGCUGCAAUGCAUUCCAUUGGCUUUUCCUUCAAGAAGCUAUCAGAAUCCAUUGCCUUUGAGAUUCCUAUCUCUAAAAAAGAUUUGGUGUUCAAGGCAAACCAGUCCUUGAGUGAUUUGAACAGCAAUAUGGUGGCCAGGCCUUCUGGUGAGCACAGUGUCAAAUCUGGUGCUAAUGAAUUGGAAGUAGCAGCCACAAUAGCUGCUGCCUUUGAGCAACAAGAAAGUUCAAGCAAGGAUUUGAAGAAAGCCCAGGCCACCGCUUUGGCAAGCAGGCCAUCUUGCUCUGAUUACAUCAACAGUGUAACACAGUUUGUGAAACAGUUCUCAGGAGGAGAAAAGUUUCCAUUGCUGAAGCUCUUGCAAAGCAUCAGCAAGCAAUUUGCUGGCACUGCUCUUCUUGGGCAAGAAUUCAUGGAGCUUCUGGCUUUCACUGAUUUCAAGAACAAGCAGAGCACCAUGCCUUGGAUUCGAAUGUCUUUGGCUACUUGCCAAAUGUGCUCACCAAAGGCUUACAUCAAGGAUGGUGUCAGCAGAUUCAUCACACCUUCUGACUUUACCAAGUUGAAACAGAAAGCCAUGCUGGACAAGGUCAAGCAGGCUGAGGAGUUGCUGGGGAAAGGCUAUGAGCUUUUGCAAGCAUCUCCACUGACAUUGGACCAGCAGGCACACCCCAUGGCCAGGUACCUCACCAGACUUGGCUUGUUUCUCUUGAACAAAGAAAGCAAAGGGCAGGAAGGGAAAGAAUAUACAAGCUUGGCCAACAUCACUGAUGCUUUCACUGCUGAAUGCUUUGAAAUGAAGCAACAUGGACAUUUGAAUGCAAGGCAAGCAGAGCUUGCUGAGGAAAGUGAUGACAAGGAAAUGCCAGAAGCCCUGGAAAGUUGCCAAGAUCCUAUCCAAAUUGCUUGCAAGAUGUUCAAAUUGAAGGUGGGGAGCCAUUACACCCACAAUGGCCAAGUCAUGAAGCUCACCAAGGUUGAAAAGGAUUCAGCCACCUUGGUCUACAACCCCUUCUUUGGCUCUGCAGUGGACCACACCCUGACCCAUGAUGAUUUGAAAGGCAUCAAGCCUUUCACAAGGCCAGUACCUCAUCUGCACUCUGCUGCAGAUAUUGCUGCUCUCUACCCCAGUAAUGCAAUGGUCAAGGAGAUUGCCAGGGCCAAGGCCCAGCAUUUGCUCUAUGAAAAAUACCUGCAGACUGGAGAAUUUGAUGUGGUUGUGUCCAGCAUGGGGCAUUUGUUUGCCAAUGCAGAUUUCAAGAAGGGUGAGCUGACUUUGCUGCCCUUUGGGAACGUGGCUGUGGUGGCCAAGGAGAAAGUGGCCAAGACUUCAGUGGUCCUGUUUUUGGCUGGGUGGCGACAAGAAGAUCAGCUUGUGGUGAGCCAUACCAAGUGCAAUUUUGAGAAGGCCACUGGCUGCUGGUCACCUUUCUUCUGGUGCAAGGAGAGCAAGGAUGACAAAGAGGAAAAGCCCAACAUGACAAAGGCAACUGUGAAGUAUGAUGAGCUGACCAUGCCUUGCAUCAAGAACAAAGAAAAGCUGACCAAAGGGACAGCUUUGUUUUUGGAGCCCACAGAGGAAUCCAAGAAAGCAAGGAAGAAAUGA